CCAAUUAUGCAACAAAUUUGCUUGUUUCAAAUUUCUGCUAAGGUGGCUGAGAGAUUUUGACUCUUCUGUAUAGCAAGAAUACACCAUCCUUUUCUGAAGAGAAAGACUCAGCAUACAGGACUGUUGCAUUGAUUUCAAUGAGUUAGUCUAGCCUUGUCGGGAUGGAGAAGGAGGCAAGCCAACUUGAGAGGGACCAUGUUCAUAGUGUAUAUGAAAAAAUUGCCCCUUACUUCAAUGAUGCACGCUACAAGGCAUGGCCAAAGGUGCAGCAGUUCAUUUCAGAACAGGAACCGGGCAGUCUGAUUGCUGACAUUGGCUGUGGAAACGGCAAAUACCUUCAUAUCAAUUCUCAGGUCUAUAAACUGGGUUGCGAUUACUGUUUCCCGUUGGUAGAAUCGGCACGAAAUGAAGGCCAUGAAGUAAUGGUAUGUCACAGCCUGUGUCUGCCGUAUCGAAGUGAGUGCUUUGAUGCUGUCUUAUCCAUUGCUGUGAUUCACCAUUUUUCAACGAAAGAGAGACGCAUGCGAGCGAUAAAGGAGAUGGCUCGCAUCUUGAGAGUAGGAGGCCAGAUAAUGAUAUAUGUGUGGGCAAUGGAGCAAAAACGGAGAAGAUUCGAAAAGCAAGAUAUCUUUGUUCCUUGGAAUCCUUCACCUCCCUCCUGCUCCUUGGGUGAUCCAUGCUCACCUGGAAUACAAAAAUCAAUUCUUCACAAGGAGAAAAAGCUGGCUUUGAACCAGUGCUGCCACAACUUGAAUGAGACUUUAGACGUAUAUAGGAAAGCCAGAAGUUCUUCCUGUGGAGGGGGGAAGAAAACCCUAUGCACAGUGUUUGAUAAGUCGCUGAGAUGGUCUCUUUUCUCAAGAUCACUUGACUCAGUAUUAGACUUGGGUAAUCAGUGGCACCAAGAAGAGCUCAUUAGGUAUCGCAAUUACAGUGUUCAGCUGAAUGAAUUAAACAGAAAAAAGAGAAUUGAAAAAAACAGAGAGCAUGGCUUUCUGAAAAACGUUUCCAACUUUUUUCUACACUGCAAACAGAGUUUUGAAAAUACAAUAGCUUUCGAAAUGGCUGUUAAACCUAUGCUGCCCAUGUCACAUUGCUCCAAGGCAUUCAGAAGUUGCUACUCAGAAUUAGGCCAAGAGACUAUACAGCUCCCUAUGGCGGCAGAUACUACUUGCAAUUGCAGCAGAGUGUGUUUACCUGACCUGAUUUCACAUCAGAAAGAAUUAGCUGUCAGAAAACAGCUUAAAAUAGAUCAUCACCCAAAACAAGGAGCUUUCUGCGAACCUCAGAACAAGACCAGAAUAGGUGGCUCCCCACAGAAAACAGUCAAAGAGUGUGCCCCGAGCCCAAGGAGCAGACAGCAGCAGGGUCCGAAUGGGGCCUGUCUAAGGUAUUACCAUGUUUUUAAAGAAGGGGAGUUGGUUGAACUGAUAGAACGUCAUAUUCCUGAGCUACAUAUUAUUGAUUCAUACCUUGACCAUGCAAAUUGGUGUGUGAUUGCAGAAAAGACUGAAGUGUGGAAGAUCUAGGGGAACUCUUUUUAUUGAACAUACAAAGAACACUUAGGGGCUUUCUUCCUUUUGAAACCUCAGUGCCUUUGAAAAUCUUUCCUGAAGCUUUUCAUAGCCUUGAGUUUGUUCGGGGCUGAGAGGGGUAUGAGGAGGGCAGUGUUUUGAAACUCUCGGGCUCUGUUACUUUGAUUUUGUUCUUAAAAUACAUUUCUAUUGAAUUUUUUUUCUACAGGUAUUAUUUCAUACUGAGCACAUUUUAGCACACUGAUCGCUUUUAAUAAAUAGCUGCCAGCUGUGUUUUGUUGCUUUAAGAAAGGUGAAAUAUAGUUGGAAGUGGAUUGCUGGGUUGUUUUUUAUGUGUAUAUUAAAAGUCUUUGUUAUUCAUUUAUAACUACAUACUCAGUCAUGUCAAAUUUUUAUUUUAGAAUUUAUUGUACUCUGCCACUUGAUGUAACAUAACAUGGGAAGUAAUUGAAAGAUGUAUUUUU